AUGGUUGGCUGCAGAUCGAGCUGUCUAGUGCCGCUUUCCCAGCUAGUUGGGUCACAGAUUGGUACAAACCUUCAGGCAUUCGAUGGAAUAAACAGUGGCCAUUCUUGUGAGGUUGUUAUUAGCUACAGGGUUGAAAGAUCAUAUCUUACGAACCAGAGUGACGAUGAAAUGUCGUCUUCACCAUCUCAACAUGGAGACUCGUUCCAAAAUACAGACAGCCCAGUAUACCAAUGCGAUGUAGACAGGACUAUUACGCACACACCUACGGGGUCUGCCUAUGAUGCAGAACAAAAUGCUGAUAUUGAGGAAAUUCACACACCACAAAAACGAGAAUUGGCCAUAUGGAGAAACGUUGAAGAACAAGGAGGAAUCAUUCCUGUACACCAACAGGAAGACACCGCACCAUUAGUACCGAACGGAGAAAGCGAAAUUCGGCGCAUAGCCAUCGAUGAUGUGUCAUCGAAUGGCACCGUCAACGUCGAUUAUUCGACGAUACAUGAGCGAAUAAUAUCAAAGAUAUUAAGGGAUGCAGAGGAACGACAAAUUGUGGUUACCUUCGUUAAUGAUGUCGACGAUGAUGAACGCUUUAUUGAUGGUGAAGUCGAACACACGGAUGCUGACGACACGCAAAAUAUACAUAAGGAUGGGCCCAUAGCUUACGCAUUGGAUGAUGCUAUCGUAGAUCCUCAAUGCAAAAAGGAAAAACCACAGGAAGAGACUCAACUUCUUACCAGCGAUAUCGAGUGGUUCAACAGUGCUAUUAGGUUCCUAAAGAUGAAGGAAUUCAAAGGAUAUUGCCAUCCAUUCGCUGAAAGUGAAAAGGAGUCACACAGUCUCGACAGUUGUCUAGACAAGGCAUCGCAAGACGAUUCCACGUUGUUCAAGAGUGCAGAUAGGAGAUCCGUUGAUGAAAAACAGCACACAAAUGAACACAUCUCGAAAUUAGCAACAGCUGUUGAAAACCUUGGUGGUUUGAAGCUGGAUACAGAUCUAGAUUUUAGUUUCAUACGCAAACGGAAGCGCAGUGGUACGGCUACAGACGCUACUCAGAAAUCGGAUAAAAUGAAACUAAGAAAGUCACCAUCUUCGGAAAGCACUAUGUCGACGAAUUCACAGGUUCGACCGGGUAACUAUGAUCAGAUGCAAACCAGCAACAAGGAACGUGAAAAGAUAGGGGACCACCAAAGACCGAGGGAUCGUAGGCGUAGCAUCACCGAAUUGUUUAGAAAUUAUCACUCAGAUGAUAAUAUCGAUGCAACGGAUUGUAAGUCGUUCAAGGAAUUGCGUAUAGAUGCUAACAAUACGUCCCUGGAACGAUCACUAUCGCAUUCACGUCCAGAUGGUUCGGGACACCGUGAAUCGUCGUCUAAUAAGGACGCGGUCUCUAAACGUGGUAAACUCGCUGAUGCCUGCAACUCGUCAGGAUCAACGUCUGGUAUCAAACCAGCACGACCAAAACAUAUAUCGGGUCGUAUAUUUGAGGCUGCGAUGCAACAAAACAGUGAUUGGUCUUCCGAGAUGUGGGGAUCGUUUAUUAAUGUUAUACACAGUCGGAAGAGGACUUUGGGUCAUGGAUCGUUCUCUACUGUCUCGUUCGCUUUUCUCCGAUUGACCCCGUCGCUUAAGCUCGCCGCUGCAAGGUCCAACGUUCAUGCCAAUCUGAGCAUCGCGGGGGCCGUCAGAGAUGGCGGUAUUAUGGUAUCUAAAACUAACACAACGUGCUACAAGGUGAUCUCGUCCCAAGGUAGCAAUUCUAAUGAUGAUGACAAUGGUAACUCUUUUCCCUCAGGUUCAUCGGGGGAAGUUGGGGAAUCUGGUAACAAUGUAUCGGUAGAAAAUGCAAAUGCAGCUGUAAACAAUGGCAAUGAGAAUGAGGGAGAUCUGGUCGAUCAGAUGUGCGACGUCAUAGACGGGCAUUGUGAAAAAUGCACCAACGUACGUACGCUGGAUUGCGCCGUCAAGACUAUCAAUGACGUAUUCCUACAAGCAAGGUUCCAAUAUAUCCGUGAAAAGGAAAUGAUGCUACAUUUCAAUGCCAACGUGCUGAAACCGCUGGCAUGCAGGUUCCACAAUCCAGAAGGAACCAGAGUAUACCAACUACUCAUGCCAAAAGCACAGGGCGAUUUGCUUGAAAUGUUGAAGGGAAUUAUUAAACACCGAACUGUAAACAACGUGAGCCCUAUAUACAUCGCCAACCAGUCGACAGGCAAGCAGGAGAGAAAGAUCAUAGGACUAUCAGAGACAGAGGUAAAAUUCCUCUUCUUUCAAGUUCUAUCAGGUCUAGCAUUCAUACAAAUGUGCUUCCAAGGAAAUAUAUAUCGUCACUCCGACAUCAAGUUGCAAAAUAUUCUAGUGUUUUGCAGCGAUGACAACAAGUUCAAUCCCAUGCGGUGGCGUUUGUGCCUCGCAGAUUUUGGGUGUUCAAUUAUGUUGCACCCAACACAACACCUGGAAGGAGCUGGAUUGUUUAAGAACUUGCAAGAAAGUAUAUCGAAAGAAUGGCGGUCACAUCUGUGCAACCAAUUGACAUCGUUUGUAAGAGGCACUGUACGCUGUAACGCCCCGGAAACGCUCUCGUACGACCGUCAUGGAAACCCACGCAGCAAUCGCAACAGCAACCUGUUAUCGUCAUACAGGCGUGAUUUGCUGAAUGUAACACGUCAAAAGGACGAUGGACCCCAGUUUCCAGCCGUAUGGUCGCAAAACAAUAUUAGCGAAAAUAUGGCCCCUGGGGUCCAACGUAAAUCCGAGAGAGUGGUGGGUACUGCUGACGGUGACGUUGCGGAGUAUUUCACCGUAAACAUGACCGCAGAUAUGUGGUCCGCAGGUAUAGUGUUGGCGGAGUUGGCAAAGUUCGGAGGAUACGUCCCGCCAAAUGACACCCCUAUUGACGAGAAAGACGUGCAAAGGUCGAAAUCCGACGCGCUUUCUUUGGAGUACGUUACCCAGCGUCUCAAUGGCACGCUUGGACGUGGGAUGUUCUGCAGGAACAAUGCUGUUGUGAGACUUAAGAUGCAACUUGAAUCAGCACGAGACAAGACAGCGCCCAAGGCACGACUCAAACCCUUGAAUGGUGACAAAGCGCAUCAGAAUAAUCAGGGGCCACUGACGGACGAGAACCUUAACAUGGCACUAGCGUCUGAUAUCGCAUCUAAGUGUGAUAUCGAGUUCCUAAUGCGAGUGCGCAAACUUAAGCGAGAAUACUGCUGGUGGGAGUACCCGAAGUUCUCUAAUGGGUUCUGGAGCCUUCUAGGUAACCUUCUAUCUUAUAAGCCACAUGAACGUUACCUGGCGUUUGAGGCGUUAGGCCACUCGUGGUUCGACUCAUCGGACAACAACUCGAGAGCCAUAUUCAACGAUAUCGACGCACUCAUGGCAGAGCCACAGAGACACUUGCCAAUGGAGCACUUCUACUACGUAGGGUUAUCGUUAUCGAUUCACAAUGGAGCUAAGAAGGCACAAAAUAUAUCGGACACUGCACCAUUAACCGUAAAACGUGAAGCUCUGAUGGACCUUGACAACAGCGAUCUUGUUCUAAGGAGCUUAGGAGAUUACGGUAAGGCUGGGAGAACGACCCACGCAUGGUUUGCUGGUCCACUGCACUUCAGGCUACAUGAGUUACAGGAACUUGGUCUUGCCAUCCCUGACUAUGUAGCGCAAAUUUGCCGCAGGGAAACGGUAGUUCUGGAAUCACGGGAGAAGCAGCUAUUUGGCGUGCAAGGAUACGUGCUAUCACAGUUACUUUCAGUGAAGCGACGCCACAUGCUUUCGUGGUCAGAACUUAUGUCAGCACGUGGUGUCCACCUUUUGGGCAAGAAUCUUAUUCAGAGUGAAAAUCCACUAGCUUAG